AUGCCUCGCAGGAAAACUGCAUCGUACCUCCGCAUCCUCGACCGUCGACGCGAAGAACGAAUAGAGCUCCAGCGCAAAAUACAGGCUGCAGCUAAGCAGACAAGCCGGAUUUUACCACCAGCUCCAUCGCCUGCUGCCGACACUGGAGCUCCGCGCCCCAAGACGAACCAACCGCCCGCGGAGACCAGCGACAGCCCCGACACACGGCCCCGACCACUCCGGCCUACCGCACGGAAGCCAGCGACAGCCGUCUCCCAUCCGGACGUGGUAAAGGCAAUAACAAGGGUCGUCACUCGGCCAAAAUCGCUGGCCGCCGCUGCCAAUACAACUAGGCAGAUCAUCAGCGUUUCGCCAAAGAAACGGCCGAGCGUCGUUAGACCGACACCCGCGUCCCCUUCGGCCAUCGUCCGGCGGUUGAAGGAGAAAAACGCCACGCCACGGCAGUCCAAAAUCCAACUGAUUUAA